GCCGUCGUGCCGCCAUCGACGAGCAGCAACAACGACAAAACCGGUAAAGGAACCACACACACACACAUACACACACAGGACGCGGAGAGGCCCGGCCAAGGACUCUUCUGUGCUCUGGGCGAAGAUUGCUUUCUUCGCGCCGCCUGUUCUUUUCUAUUUUUUUUUUCCAUCGCACCUCACUUCUUCUUCUUCAUUACCCGCUAUCUUCCACUCGUUAUAGUUUUAACACUAGCUGCUGUAAAAAUAACAACGCGCUGCUGUUGUUUGAAGAGAGUUCUCUCUCCCUCCCCGCAGCUGUGGUUGUUGGCCUCCGCGUGCUUUUUGUGUUGAGUUUCAUUCCUGCUAUGGCGUUGGUGUUGCGGUCAAUAGUAGUAGAAUAGCAGAAGAAGGCGAGGAACUGACGACAGAGAAAGGCGUUAAAAGACGGCAGAGCGCCACCUACCGCCCUUCAUUUUUUUCAUGUUUACUCUUUUUUUGUUGAGUGGGGGCUUUCGCAUUGAUACAACAUCUGAACGUGACGCCGUCAGCACGCGGGGGACGUCGUAGCUGCUGCAAACAUCAACACGCGUUUUAUUGCCGCAGCAUCGGUAAAGCUGUGAGGUGAACCUUCUACAUACCUUUCUCUCUCUCUAUAUUUUUUAUCGCUUCUUAGUUCUUUUUUUGUUCUCACCGGUGUGUGUGUGUGUGUGUGUGUGUGUGUGUCUGUGUGUGUAUGUAGAAGCUUCAAGGAAGAACAACAAAAUAGCAUCAGGUUUUGUUUGAAAUCAAAUGAGCCUGCAACAGCCAAGGCCACCGUUAAACACAUUCGGUGGGCCUCGUGCCGUGCGCGGGGUGUCGCGGCGGCGCGGCGAUGACGCACACGUCGCCAUAUUCGUUGAAGAUGACGGCGCGAUGCCGCCCGCGUUUCGAGGGGGAGAAGACGGCGAGCGUGGUGGCAUCCACACCAGCAUCAGAAGCAGCGGCAGCAGCAACAUGCCCGGGGUGUCGGCUACUAUUCAUCGCCGUUACGGCCAGCAACAGGCACGCCCAUCAGGUCCGAUGGUAGUGACGCCUGGCACGCCUCGCUUUUUCAUCCAGCGCCCGCUACGCUGUGUCGGCCGGGUCCGGGCGUGCCUGCGCGUUCUCGGCGUGGUGUGCGGAGAGGAAGAUCUGCGCUAUGUGGCGCAGAUGGAGGCCCGCGCCUGCACCGGUGUGCUGGUGCUGCUCGGCCUGUUACUGUUGCUGUUUGGGACACUGCUGUUUCUUUGGCUUGCACCGAUGCGUUUCGAAACGAGGUCAGCCGGCGCGGCUGGCGUGCGCCACGACAGCGACGGCGUCAUCGCCGCCUCACUGGACAACGUGAGGCACCUGCUCACCGCGGAGCGCCUCCAGCACUUUCUUCAGCGGACCCCCGCAGCGGAGGAGGAGCGGCGCCGUGCGCUGCGCAACGACACGCUGCCCGCUGCGGCGAGGGACGUGGGCGACUUGGUGGGCCUCGCGCGGACGCUGCCGGAGCAGCAGCGGGUGUCGGCGCAGCUGGCGCGGGUGCGCGCGUACGUGGCGGCUGUGCACGCGCACGACGCUGGUGUGGGGCUCGCGGAGCUGAGCGACUUCCUGCGGAGCGUGCCGGGCCGCGGUGCCGCGCUGGAGCGGGCGGCGUCGAAGGCGGCGGGCAGCCCCGGUGUGGCGGCUGCGCUGGCGGGGCGUGCGGCGGGUGCGCGGGUGCGUGCGUUGCUGCGCGGGUUCGUUGCUGCGCCGGCGGGGCAGGCGGAGCGGGUGGGGCUGCGGCCGUUCGACGACGUGGCGAUGCUGCGGUACCGGCAUGCGUGGAUGCUGUCGGAGGUUGUGCCGCGGCUUGCGGGGCGGACCCGCGGUGGCGGCGGUGGUGGGCCGGUGAGCGCGGCGGACGUGGCGCGUGGCGCUGCGCGGAAGGCGGAGCUGUACGAGGCUGCGUCCGUGUUCAACCACGUGUACUACUACCCGCUGCGGCGCUACGCGGCGAUGCAGGCCUUCUCGCCCGCGACGGUGGCGGACACGGACGCGUGGUACACGGAGGUAGCGGCGGGCGUGCAGGCGCGCUUCGGCGCUGCGCAGGCGGUGGCGGCGCUGUCGCUGCCUCUGCUGCCUGCGGCGCGCGCGGCGGAGGUGGCGCACCUGCGGGAGCCUGACGACAUGGAGUGGAUGCCUGCGGGGCUGCGCGCCGAUGCCGCGGUGAACCGGCAGACGAUCUUCAUCAGCCUGGCGAGCUACCGCGACACGGAGUGCGCGCCGACGGUGCUGGAUCUGUUCCGCGCGGCGCGGAACCCCUACCGCGUGUAUGUUGGGCUGGCGCAGCAGAACGUUGCGGGGGACACGCCGUGCCUGCUGCCGGAGAUGUACGGCCCCUUCCUGUGCCCGUCGGCUGGCGAGGCGCUGGACGCUGCUGCUGCUGCGCGGGAGGCGGAGGCGCGGCGCCGCAGCCUGGGCGGGGGUGACGGCGUGGACUUCCGCCUGGUGCACCCCGGCAGCGACGCAGCGCACUUCGACGAGCGGGUGUGCUUCUUGGCGGACCACGUGCGGGUGCGCGACAUCGAUGCGCGGCAGGCGAAGGGCCCCACGUAUGGCCGGUACAUGGCGAUGCUGCUGUACCGCGGUGAGGCGGUGGCGAUGGUGCUCGACUCGCACAACAAGUUCCGCCCCAUGUGGGACACGCUGGGUGCGUCGUUGCUGCGGCGCUACGAUGACCCGAAGGCGGCGCUCUCCCACUACCCUCAGGCGUACGAUCCCGAGAAGGAAAGCAAGUUAGAUGUAUACGCGAGGACCACCGCGUACCUGUGCAAGGCGGUGUUUCACAACAUCUUCGCCUAUCUGCAACUGCGGGCGAUGGUGAUUGGGGAAGCCGACGAAUUUGCGAAUAACAUGCGGUACAACGCACCGUAUGUGGCGACUGUCGAGGAGAAGGCGCCGGUGAGGAGCUACCGCCUGCCGCAGCCGUGGGUCGCAGGGGGAUUUCUCCUCACGAACAGCACGAUCUUCCGCGACGUGCCCUUCGAUCCGCAUCUGCCGUACGUCUUCGAUGGCGAGGAGGUGCUGUACUCUGCGCGGCUGUGGACGCACGGGUACAACAUCUACUCCCCUCCACGUGGGCUGUGCUUCCACAUUUACGGCCGCCCCAAGGCGCCGAAGGUGUGGGAUGUCACGGCGUUGUGGUACGCUGUGCAAGACCGUGUGCGGCCGCGCAUUCAGUUCUUUCUGCAGUCGCACCUGAAAGGACGUCCGGGCCUGAUUGUGCCGGCAGACACGACGAACGCGUACGCGGUGGUGGAUGCGAGUCGGUACGGGAUGGGCCGGCAGCGCACGGUGGCGCAGUGGUAUGACUACGCGGGCGUGGACCCUGUUGCGCAUACCCUGGAUGGCCGGUGGUGUGGGCUGGAGCUACCAUAG